AUGACCUUCCUGGGUCAUGUUGUGUCCGACAAUGGUGUUGAGGUAGAUGCUAGGAAGACUGAGGAUGUUAAGAACUGGACAAAACCUGUUACUCCCACAGAUAUUGGUAUCUUGUUGGGAUUGGUUGGUUAUUAUCGCAGGUUCGUGGAGGGUUUUUCUUCAAAUGCUACCUCACUGAUAGCUUUGACUAAGAAGAAAGCCAUGUUCGAAUGGAUGCAGACUUUUGAAAAGAGUUUCCAGGAGCUCAAGAAUAGACUCAAUUCAGCCCAGGUUGGUUUGGGUUGUGUUUUUAUGAUGGUAGGUAAGGGGAUAGCUUAUGGGUCAAGAAAGCUCAAGGUUCAUGAAUAG